AUGGAUUUAGUGGCUAAAAGAAGCAUUAAUUGUGAACAGGGAGCAGUGAGAGCUGUGCGUUAUAAUGUUGAUGGAUCGUACUGCUUGUCGUGUGGCUCGGACAAAAAAAUCAAACUAUGGAACCCUCGGACAGGAUUACUACUUAAGACAUACGGUGGGCAUGCAGACGAAGUAAUGGAUGCUGCGGGUAGUUGCGAAAGUAGCUACAUCGUGUCUGCUUCUCUUGAUAAAAGCGUCAUUUACUGGGAUGUAUCAACUGGGUUACCAGUGCGACGAUUGCGAGGUCAUGCUGGAGGCGUUACCUGUAUACGCUUCAACGAAGAGUCAUCGAUUGCCGUUUCGGGAUCGAAAGAUAACACGGUGGCAUGUUGGGAUAUACGUACCCGUAAGCUUGACGCUGUCCAAACAAUGCGAGAGGGCAAGGAUUGCAUUACAGCGCUUGUGGUGAGCGAACACAAGAUCAUCUCCAGCUCGCUCGAUGGAUCAAUCCGGCAGUACGAUAUACGAGCCGGGGAGCUCGUCUGUGAUACAAUCGGUGUACCGAUAACAUAUCUGGUGCAAACGCGCGAUGGCCAAUGUCUACUGGCAGCUUGCUCCGAUGGAACGAUUCGACUGAUCGAUAACGAUUCCGGCGAACUUCUGUCCGAGUACAAAGGGCAUCGGGUGGAUGACUACACAAUCGAGUGUGGGAUUAUUUCAGCCGAUACGAAAAUCAUUUCCGGUUCGGCAGAAGGUGCAGCGAUCAUUUGGGAUCUUCUGGAAGGUGCUGAAGUGCGGAGGUUGCGCAUAGGAAGCGAAGUUGUGCAUUCAUUGGCACCACAUCCGACGGGAAGCGAUAUUUUAUUCGCUCGUAAACGUCAUAUAGAAGUGUGGGGCAAACCGGACGAUGAUGAAGGUGAUAUAGUAGAUUAG